UUCAGAAUCAAAACAUGCAGGCGCCGUCGAUAUCGUUCCACUAAAAUCAUCGUGAUCGCAAUUUACGUAAAAUUGUGACAAAUUUCAUGUAAUUUUCCCGACAAGCAGCCCUAGCCACCAACCAUGCUGGACAAAGCGAUGCUGAUAUUCGUGCGCCAGGCUGUUCCGCGGCCGGCUCUGCUGUGGGCGCGCAAUUUCACCAGUGCUAAAAUCUCGGAGAACCUUUCGGACAAGAAGGAACCGCAAUCGAACGAGAAGCUGAUCAAGGUGGCAAUCAUCGGCGUCCCGAAUGCUGGGAAGAGCACAUUGAUCAAUCAUCUGAUUGAUCAUAGGGUCUGUCCGACAUCGAUGAAAGUGCACACGACGCGCGCUACUGCCAAAGCGAUUCAAAGCCGCGCCAACUCGCAGAUGAUUCUGUUCGAUACUCCCGGACUGGUGGGUGAUCGAGACGCGAAGAAACAUCAUAUCGAUGCGAAUUUCCUCUCGUCUUGCCGACACGCCGUGCAGCAUUCGAAUCUGAUCGGUGUAGUGCAUGAUGUGUCCAAUUCGUGGACCCGGAACGCGCUGAACCCGAUCAUGGUGGAUGUGCUGAAGAGCUACAGCCACAUUCCCAGCUUUUUGAUUCUGAACAAGAUCGAUACCCUCAAGUCGAAACGGAUCCUGCUGGACAUCGUGAAGAACAUCACGAACAACCAACUGGAAAGCAUAAAAAACUAUCGCAUCAAGAAGCGUAAAAGCUCGCAGGACAAGCCUCAAACCGAAGCCAAAGCCAAUCGCCAAGAAGUUCAGGAAGGAUGGCCACAUUUUUCCGAAAUCUUCAUGGUAUCGGCCUUCACCGGAGAUGGCCUGAAGGAGGUGAUGAGUUUUAUCUACUCUCACGCAAAGGCCGGCCAAUGGGAACACCUGGCCACGGAAGCAACCGAUCAGACCCCGGAGCAACUGAUCGUGCAAAGUGUGCGGGCUCGUCUGUUGGACUAUCUCCCCCAAGAAAUCCCAUACGCACUGGCAACCGAACUGGAGUUCUUUGAGAAUAUCAACGGUAGAAUGUUUGCCAGUGCUGUGGUGACCUGUCCCAGCGAACGAAUCGAACGGCUGGUGUGUGGCGAAGGGAAUGGCAAACUCAAGCAGAUUACGGAACGCGUUACGUCGGAUUUGAUUGAGACGUUCGCUGUGCCGAUUUCGCUGACCAUUGUCACCAGGAUUAAGAGCAAGGACAAGUGAUCUUGUUAUGUUUGAAACUUGAAAUAAAAAUUGGUUAUCUUAAAAUUA